AUGCUCGAAAUUUGCAAUAGGGCAAGUAAGCGGAACUUUCUUGUAAUCCCCAUUACAGGGGUUCCACAACACAAUCACAUCUCCACUCCAAAGAACAAUAGACAACUGCCCAUUACAAGAGCCGAAAAUCAUGAUGAGUCUAUGGCUGUUACCACAGGUCAAGUUUUUGCUGACGAUUUCACAGUGUUUCUUGAUGAAGAACCUACUGUUAAUAAUGGAGCUCCAUUCCUGCAAACGCACUUGAAUUGCACAACAGAUUUAGUGGGGAGCCAUAGAAGUAGGUCGAAAGUACAUGGUUGGGAAUUGCAGCCCAAUCUCUCUGCUCUGUUGCCAAUGAUGCUGUUUCCGCUAGGUUUUUGCCGAGAUUGA